GCGAGAUUCUACGCCCGACUUGUGCGCCCGGGAAACCCCGUCGCUCCCUUUCCCCUGGCUGGCAGCGCGGAGGCCGCACGAUGCCCGGUGUUACCGUCAAAGACGUCAACCAGCAGGAGUUCGUCAGAGCUCUGGCAGCCUUCCUCAAGAAGUCCGGGAAGCUCAAAGUUCCCGAAUGGGUAGACACGGUGAAGCUGGCCAAGCACAAAGAGCUUGCCCCCUACGAUGAGAACUGGUUCUACACGCGAGCGGCUUCCACAGCCCGGCACCUGUACCUCCGGGGCGGCGCUGGAGUCGGCUCCAUGACCAAGAUCUACGGGGGCCGGCAGAGGAACGGCGUCAUGCCCAGCCACUUCAGCCGAGGCUCCAAGAGUGUGGCCCGCAGGGUCCUGCAAGCCCUCGAGGGGCUGAAGAUGGUGGAAAAGGACCAGGAUGGGGGCCGCAAAUUGACACCUCAGGGACAGAGAGAUCUGGACAGAAUCGCCGGACAGGUGGCAGCUGCCAACAAGAAACAUUAGAACAAACAUGCUGGGUUAAUAAAUUGCCUCAUUCGUAA